AUGGACUUCCCCAUAUUCUAUGACUCACCUCUUCCUCUUUUGACACUCUGGUUCAUCUUCACAUAUAUCUUAGGAUACUUCAUCGUAUUCAAGAAUUGGAACAACAAAUAUAGGUCUGAAGCUGCAAGCUGUCUCAUGUCUCUAGCUCAUGGCACCCCUGCACUUGUCCUAUCCAUACUCUCAAUCUUGCAAUCUAAAAACAGCUUAGCCCAACUUGAUUUCACUUCUCCAAACACUGCCUUGCAGAACUUAGUUCUUGAACACAGCAUAGCCUAUUUCUUGAUGGACCUGUUUCAUUACAUGGUCUUGAUACCAAGUGAUGUGCUUUUUAUUGCACACCAUGUAGCCUCACUCUACGUGCUAACGACGUGCCGGUACCUAUUUGGACAUGGGGCAGUGGCCAUUUUGGGCAUCCUUGUUCUGGCGGAGGUUACAACAUCAUGCCAGAACACAUGGAGCCUUUCCAGAUACCGGAAAGUCGACUCAAAAAAGGCUGCUGGUGUGUUUGAGUUCUUGUCGCCCUAUUUUUAUGCUUAUUUUAGUGUGGUAAGGGGGAUUCUUGGACCAAUGUAUGUGUACAAGAUAGGAUUGGUUUUCAAUAGUGGUGUAGCUGAUGGUUUGAUUCCCAGGUGGGCUUGGAUUUCUUGGAUUGUUGUGAUAGUAGGAGGUAUUGGGGGUAGCAUCUUGUGGGUUCUGCAUCUCUGGAUUGACUUGUACAGAGAGAGGAAGACGAAGAAAGGGCUAGAGAAGUUGAGUUAA